AUGUCUACUGUGGAGAUGUUGGAAGGUACUAUCAGCCAGUUCCUCCGGAGGUGGCUUGGGCUCCCUCGAUCCCCCAGCAGCAUUGCCCUGUACGGCAAUUCCACCAUGUUGCAGCUUCCUAUCAGUGGCCUGUCAGAAGAGUUCAAGUCCGAACAGUCUGCAGUGCUGGGGCUCAUCAGACACUGCUGCAUGCCACCUAUGCAACAGGAGAGGCACCCUGGAGCAUAUCCUCAGCUGCUGCCCGAAGAUAUGAAGAAGAGUGGUAAACUGGAUGAUGACCGAAAACAGCUGCAGAUCAACUACACUCAUUUGGCUGAGGAGUCCGAUGAGCUUCUCACAAAUUACACGGAUCUUCUUGAAGAGAGAGACCAGCUCCACACCAACGUCACUGACAUCACUGAAGACAGGGACCUAUGCCUGGACAGAUACCGCUCCCUUGCUGCAGAUAAAGCACAGUUACUGGCUAGUUACAAUAAUGUAGCUAGAGAAAAAAAUAAUCUGAUGACUAGUUACAACAACCUUGCUCAACAGAAGAAACAGCUAGCAACCAGCAACAACGACCUUGCUCAACAGAAAAAGCAGCUAACAACCAGCAACAACAAUCUGGAAGCUCAACGAAACAGAUUUUACAGCAAACUUCAGAGUGGUGGAUGGAUCCGAUUUCAGUCCAACUUCUAUUUCUUUUCCACUGAAAGCAAAAACUGGCAUGACAGCCGAGCGGACUGCAGACAGAGAGCUGCAGAUUUGGUGAUCGUCAACAGCUGGGUGGAAGAGGAUUUCCUGUCAAGUCAUCUACAAGAAUCGACUUGGAUGGGCCUGUCAGACAUCGACACUGAGGGAGUGUGGAAGUGGGUAGACGGAACCCAGCUGACCAGUGGAUUUUGGGCUCCAGGCGAACCCAACAAUGUAAAGGGUGAUGAAGACUGUGUCCAUUUGGAUAAAGGGAGGGAAUGGAAAUGGAAUGACAACACCUGCUCACAGCCAAAGCGGUGGACCUGCGAACUUACAUUUUGACCAAAGUGUAACGUCAUCAUAAAUCGAAUGGAAUGCUGCAUUAGUUCUGCUUC